AUGGAAUUGGAAGAUCAACAAUUCAAGCAUCUAUGCAAGUUCUGCAGCAAGAGCUUUCCCUGUGGUAGAUCCUUGGGAGGUCACAUGAGGUCUCACUUGACCAAUAAUUCGGUAGAAACAGAGGAAAAACUCAUAAUCGGCAAAGUUAAACUCCCAUCAGCCAACAAUGUUAAUUCUGAUUUUGAAACCGGACCUCAUCAUCAGCCAGGUUAUGGCCUCAGAGAGAACCCCAAGAAGACUUGGAGGCUUGCAGAUUCAAGUGAGGACACUUCACUUCUCCCUGACAAGUUUUGCAGAGAAUGUGGUAAAGGGUUUCAGUCUUGGAAAGCUCUGUUUGGUCACAUGAAGUGCCACUCAGAGAAAGAAAGAGUUGUUAAUUCCAUCAAUAGCUUUGAUGAAGAAGAAGAAGAAGAUUCUUGGACUUGUGCCAACCAGAAGCUAGUCAUGGACAACCAAUCUGACAACGAAACUACUACUCCCAACAGGAGAAGAAGAUCGAGACGAAGAAGAACAAGGUACAUGGGCACAACAACCUCCUCUUCCAAUUUCUCUAUUGCUAAUGCUGCCACUUCCUCUGUUUCUGAGAUUGAGCAAGAACAAGAAGAGGUUGCUCUGUGUUUAAUGAUGCUUAAAAGGGAUGCGGGUCACUGGGGUGGCUUGAAAUUUGUAGCACAUGACUCCUCUGAUAACAAUUCUGUGUUCUCUGAAGCUCCUUCAUCAGGUCGAACAAAUCAGGCUAAUGCUGAUAUUAAGGGUAAGGUUUCUGUCUGCAGUGGUAUUGAGAUUUUGAAACUGAAGAAGAAACUUAAUAAAAAGACAUUGGAGCUUGGAAAUUUGGAUUCUGAUUUUUCAAAACAUGGGUCUAGGAUGAAAAAAGAAGAACUUCUUUCUGCUGUUGGGUCAGAGCAAUCUCUGAAAACAUUGAGCACAACUAGAGGUGAUGUUUUAGAUUCUGAAGCAGUCUGCAAGAGUUCUCAAAAGAGAAGCAAAUUUGAGUGCACUACUUGCAACAAGGUUUUUAGGUCAUACCAAGCUCUAGGAGGCCAUAGAGCAAGUCAUAAAAAGAUCAAAGGAUGCUUUGCCUCAAAAGUUGAAAGCAGUGAAAACACCAUUGAAACAGACCUCUCUCCUGAGCCAACAUCAGACAGUAAGCUCAGCAAGUCUUGCAACAAUGAAAACCCCAUUAAGCAUGAUGUUAAAGCUGAGAUUAGUACAGAGAAUAAAGGUCAUGCUUGUCCAAUUUGUCUAAAAGUUUUCCCCUCAGGCCAAGCCUUGGGUGGUCACAAGAGAUCCCAUUUGAUUGGUGGUUCAGCUGAGAAUAAAAACAGCCAAACCAUUGUAAUUCAGAAACCUGCAGCACCUGAAGUCAGGGACUUUCUUGAUCUCAAUCUCCCUGCUCCUGUUGAAGAAGAGAUCAGUAGCAGCCAUGCUGCUGCCUUUAAGCCAUGGUGGGUUGGAAGCAGCCAUAAGCAUGAGGCCCUUGUAGGCCUCAUCUCCAACUGA